GUUCUUUUAAUGUAUCUUCAUCUGCGCCCAAUAUAAAUACAAACUGGGGAGCAACCAAAAUUACCAAAUAAACUGGACCGUUGAUAUAUAUAUAUGUGUGUGUGUGUGUGUAUAAAAUACAUGUAUAUAUCAUCGGCAAGAAAUAGCCGGGACACUUGGCUAUGGCCGGCAGAACCAUCACCAACAACGUAAAUCAUUCCUGACGAAGCUUCCGUGUGUCCUGCUUGCUAGAGCCACUCGUAUUGUUGAUAACCACCAAUCAAUUUCAAACCAUUUGAAACAUUGAAUCUGAUCCAACUUACAAAAUGAGUUUUGGGAGAAAAGUGAGGAGUGGUGAUUACUUGGAAGGGAUGAUAAAUGAAUGCGUUGGAGGAAAGGCCAAAGCGAAGGCUCCAAAAAAUGGCUCUGCUAAGCUCGUUGCUACUCUUACAUGCCUUCAAUUUUUCUUCGCAGUUUAUGCAACUUUCCUCUUGUAUUACAUGAGUCCUCCUAUAGAUUUACGUACCAAACCAGACUUCACUUGGGCCACCCGAAUCGCACAACAAUGGAAGCAUCUUAUGAUCACACCUCACGUAUUGACUCGCUACCAAGAAGUUUCUUCUUCUGUUGUCAGCAAGGAGAUUCAGCCUAUUACUCCCUCUCAAGUUUGCGAGCACGAGAAGAUAGACUUCGUGCAGAAGAAAUCCAAUGAUGCUCACAUGAUUAGGUUGAAGAGAGAGCUUUACAAUGAGGUGUUGGACUUCCAAAGAAAAACCAUUGGUCCAGAGACUCUCCCUCAGCUCAUGGCAAUGAAAUCCAGAUGGAGUUUGCAGAACAGACCUAAAAUCACUGUCAUAUUGAACCACUUCAAAAGAAAAACACUCUGUGCACAGCUUGAUUCUUUGCUUCAACAGACGCUCCCAUUCCAUCAAGUUUGGGUGCUUUCAUUUGGCAGCCGUAAUGAGGCCUCCUUCAAGAGAAUUGUGGAUAGUUAUAACGAUUCAAGAAUCAGCUUCAUAAGCUCCACUUACGAUUUCAGGUACUACGGAAGGUUCCAGAUAGCUUUGCAGACCGAAGCUGAUCUUGUGUACAUUCUAGACGACGACAUAAUUCCUGGGAGGAAGAUGUUGCAGAUUAUGGCGCACGUGGCAGGGACAGACAAAUACAAGAAUUCUGUUUUGGGCAGCAUAGGAAGGAUAUUGCCUUUCAGACAGAAAGAUUUCACUUUUCCUAGUUACAGAAAAUUUCGGUCUAAAGAAGCAGGACUAUAUUUGCCAGAUCCUGCUUAUGAUAUCACGGUUGAUAAAGUUGUGCAGGUUGAUUUCUUAUCUAGUUCGUGGUUUUUAUCUGCCGAUCUUGUCAAAACGCUUUUCAUUGAGACGCCUUUUACCUUCGGAACAGGGGAAGAUCUACACCUCAGCUAUCAGCUUCAAAAGUACCGAAAUGGUGGCUCGUUUGUUCUUCCUAUUGAUCCUAAUGACAAGGAAACUUGGGGUGAUAGUGAACACAGGCUUGCUUAUGUGUCUGAGACUACAGUAAUCUUUAAGAAUAUAGUUCAAGUCAGAGAUGAACAGUGGUGGAAAGCACUAUCCACUGGUUAUGUAACUCAGUGGGCAACAAUGUACCCCCAAAAAAUUGAUGCACUCUUCUAUGCUCACUCUGUGGAUGAAGUUAAAGCGCUUGCACCCCUUCUUGGGAAGUUCAGAUCCACUAUUGGUAAAAAGGCUUACAUUGUUGUUUCCGGAGGCAACUUCUGCCCUUGUGAAGAAGCUGCAAUAGCUCUUAAGUGGCCUAAAGCAGUUUGUAAAGAGCGUCGUUUUAAGAUCUUUGAUUUAUCAAUUGGAGAUCUUUCUGGUAUAUCAAACUCAGAGGUGCCAAUUGUACAAGCCACAUACUCUAGUAUGAAGGGGUUGAUCAAAAUUCACAAUCCUAGUUUGAUUAUCACUAUAUCUGACAUUGAUCCUAAUGUAAGGAAAGGUUUGAAUAUGGCAUUAGAGGCUAAUUCAAAUACUACCACCCUAAUUCUUCUACCAAGAGCUUCGGUGUCAAGAGUUUUAUGGAUGGCUGAUCUACGCUCAACUGCAUUACCAAAUUGGAAUAAGAUGCAAGUCUCAAUCAAUAUCAUCACACAAAAUCGAGCCAACUCACUAGCAAGGCUUCUCAAAUCUUUAAGCAAUGCUUACUAUGUCGGGGACCAAGUUCCUAUGACCUUCAACAUGGAUAGUAAAGUGGAUGAGGCAACUAUAAGACUGGUGAGUUCUUUUGAAUGGCCUCAUGGGACCAAAACCCUCAGAAGAAGAAUUGUCCAAGGAGGACUAAUCAGAGCUGUUAGUGAGAGUUGGUAUCCCUCUUCCGAUGAUGAUUUUGGCCUCCUUCUUGAGGAUGAUAUAGAAGUAUCUCCUUACUAUUACCUAUGGAUCAAAUAUGCACUCUUAGCUUACCACUAUGAUCCUCAAGUCUCUCUCCCAGAGCUAUCUUCCAUAUCACUUUACACCCCAAAAUUGAUUGAAGUUGUGAAAGAAAGACCAAGAUGGAAUGCCACAGAAUUCUUCAAACGAAUCCAUCCAAACACACCUUACCUACACCAGUUACCAUGCAGUUGGGGUGCAGUAUUCUUCCCAAAGCAUUGGAGAGAAUUCUACGUGUAUAUGAACAUGAGGUUUACAGAGAAUCCUAAGGAAAACCCUGUUCAAAUUCCAAAGUCUAGAACAAAUGGAUGGGCGGCUUCUUGGAAGAAGUUCCUUAUAGACAUGAUGUACCUCAGAGGUUAUGUUAGUCUAUACCCAAAUUUCCCAAACCAAGCAAGCUUUUCAACCAACCAUAUGGAACCAGGGGCUCAUAUUAGUGCAAAAGACAAUGUCGUCAACCACAAGAAACAAGACUUUGAGGUGCCAUUAUUGAAAGAAGACUUCAGGAAUUUGUUGCCAGGAAUGAAAUUGCCUCCAGCUUCAAAGUUACCAUCUUUGAACCUCUUCAAUCAGGCCCUUUCUCUCAAGGCUCUUAAAGCUGCUGGGGCCAAGUUAGGUCAAGAUGUGCUUAGAUGUGAUAAUGCCACCGAGAUGGUGAUUGUAGAUCACAACACUGGUCUGCCACAGCGUUGCUUCAAGUUCUGAAUAUUAUU